AUGAAACCCAGAAGGACUCUGUCCUUACUAGCAUUACCCAUCACCUCCGUCAAAGCCCAAACCACCACCGACCACCGUCCCACCCUAACCGAAACCCUGCACGCCCACAACGACACCCUCUCGACGCUCAACAACUACAUCCAGACCCAACAGGCCCUCUUCGCCGCCAUCAACGGGACCUCCGACAUCACCAUCCUAGCGCCCAGCAACCAUGCGCUGGACGGGCUGUUCAGCAACUCGGCCAUCAUGGACGACUUCAACUCGGACCCCGACUUGGUCGAGGCGUUUUGGAAUUACCAUGUGUUGCGGGGAGUGUGGUAUACUUCGAAUUUGACUGCCGGGACUGGUGCUGGGACCUCCUCAGGGGCAGCGGCAGCGGCAGCGAAGAAGAGACGAAAAAGGAAGAGGGAUGGUGGUAACGACGUGGUAGACGAAAGCGGGAUAGACGGGAACUCCCUGUUUAUCCCUACCUUGUUAGCACCGGGUAUUACUCCCUAUGCUAAUGUAUCUGGUGGUCAGAGGGUUAUUGCUCGCUCUUCCAGCUCCUCCAGCAGCAGCGACAGCGACAGUGAGCCAGUAGUCUCCUUCUACUCCGGCAUCACCGGCUCAGGCGGUUCUCAACAAAUAACCAAGUCAACAAUAACGCACGCCAACUUUAACUUCUCGGGAGGAACGAUUCACAUCAUCGACCAUGUUUUGUCUUUGCCUUCGAGGUUGAAUGAUACGCUGGCUUCUUUUAGUCCUUCUUCUUCUUCCAGUUCCUCUUCCAGCUCGUCCGGCUCUUCAUCCACAACAAGCCAAGACGACUCCUCACCAGAAAAUAGCCUCUCCCUAACAGCCUCCGUCGGCGCUCUAUCCCGUGCAAACCUGACAAACCUCUUCAACACCCGCCAAGACAUCACCAUGUUCGUGCCCUCCAACGAAGCCUGGGACCGCGUGGGCAGCGUGGUGUCGGACAUGGACGAGGACGAGCUGGCGGAUAUUAUGGGCUAUCAUAUUUUGAAGGUGCAAGGGACGACGAGCGGGAAGGUGUUUUAUAGUGAUUUGUUGGAGAGUAUCGGUAGUAGUGAUGCAAGCAGCGAUGGAAGCGAUGGGGAUGUUAGUGGUGAUGUGACCGGCGGCGGUGGGUCAGAGAAAGAUGAGGAUGGGCGGCAGCAGCAGCAGGAGAUUGAAAAGGAUUAUGAGACGGUGGAAGGGGGGACGGUUAAAGUGAGGGUUGUUGAUGGGACUUCGACGACGGGUGGUGGUGGGACGGAUGCUGAGGAUGAUGCUGGUGAUGCUGGUGAAAGUAGCAAGCAGGUGUUUGUUAAUGGGGCGAGGGUGGUCAAGAGUGAUGUGUUGGUGGAGAAUGGGGUGGUGCAUGUUGUUGAUGGGUGA